AUGUCAGCUCUGCGGCGUGCCAGGCGCUCGACUUACAUCCUCUUGGCUUUACUCUUGUCGAUAUCCCUACUCUCACCACCUUCCCUUAUCCUAGCUCAAGAAGUAGAAGAGCAAAGUGGACCGGAGGAAACAUCUAUAUCAGAUGUAUGCGCACCCCUGAGAGAGGCUCAAUCAAUUCUCAAUUCCCUCGCACCUUCUCCAAACGCCCAUCUGGAACACAAGUUAACAUCGACCAUCACCCCUUUUUCGUCCAAGGGAUGGUCCGACGGUCUGGGAUGGGGCCAUGAAGGUCCAUUAUCGACCACUUUCCGCUUACUUCCCCGUUUGCUAAAUACACUUUUAUCGCCCAAAACGUACUUAUCGAAGAUACCGGUCAUCGGAACUGAUGGGAAACAGCGCAAGGGUGCAAAGAUAGGUAGAGCCAGGAGAGAGCGGAUAGAAAAGUUGUUGGGAUUGAUGGAAGAUGCAGAGAGGAAUGGAUGUAAUCAGGUAUACGGCGUAAGAGGCGAACUGAGAAUGUUCCCGCCAAAAGGGAUGAAACAGGAUUUACAAGCUUCAUACAACUCGUACAAGAAAUACCUCGAACACACUGCAGAUCCAGAAGCUCAGUUUAUGGUUGGAUUCUUCCAUGCUACGGGAUUAGGAGGAGUGGAGCAGGAUCAGGGAAAGGCGCUGCUGUACUACACUUUCGCAACUGUACAGGGAUAUAGACCCGCUUCGAUGGCUUUGGGAUACAGGCAUUGGGCAGGAAUCGGUGUGAAAGAGGACUGUAUGCUUGCUUUAGAUCAUUAUCAGACAGCAGCUGAACAAUCAUACCAAACAUUCUUAUCUGGACCACCCGGAGGCCUUACCCUUCCUCUCACCAAUACCCGUCUUUCCGACAGGGUUGGAGGAAUCUACGGACCCCACGCCUCAUGGGCAUCUACAGGAUCAAAUGCCCACAGACCCGCUAUUCGAGCGACUAUGGCUUCAGCCCGAGGAGAAACCGAGAAAGAGAUAUUAGAAUAUUAUCAAUAUCAUUCCGACCGUGAUUCACACAUAUAUACCGUCCGACUCGGUCGAUUGUUUUACCUAGGUUCCGUGUAUUUCUCUCAUGCGGGCGUAUCAGCCGGUGCAGAGGGUGUAGGAGAGAUUCCGCGAGAUUAUAAGAAAGCCAAAGAAUAUUUCUUGAAAGUUGCGAGAAAUUUGUGGCCUAAAGAUUUCGAAACGGAUGGAACUGUUUCCAAGAGGAGAAAAUUGUCGAAAGAGCAGGAAGAUGGGAUAAGGGAACCUGCGAUGGUGGCUGCUGCUUUCCUUGGAAGGAUGGCGUUGAGAGGUGAAGGUGGGAAACCGGAUUAUAGAAGGGCGAGAUUAUGGUAUGAAAGGGCUGCCGAGUUGGGCGACCGAGAAGCGCAUAAUGGUCUGGGAAUCAUCCAUCGAGACGGCCUGAUAGUUCCGGUGGAUAAACAGAAAGCAUUUCACUAUUUCCAAGCUUCCGCUUCUCAGGAUCUAGCAGAAGGUCAAGUCAACUUGGCCAAACAUCACCUGGAGAGAGGAGAGGUUGUUCUGGCAAAUGCGUAUUUAGAAGUAGCCUUGAGACACGGUGCGACAUUCGAAGCAUUCCAUUUGUUGGGUAAGAUGCACGCUAAAAACGUGCAAUCUGCUGAUGGAGGAGGGGUGAAUGUUGGAAAUGGUAGACCCGGAUUAUGCGGUGUGGCAGUAGCUUACGAAAAGUUAGUUUCAGAAAGAGGUAACUGGGAGCAAGAUUUCGUAGGAGAAGCGGAUAAAGCUUGGUUGAGGAAUGAAAAGGAUAAUGCCUUUUUGGGAUGGUACAUCGGUGCUGAAUUAGGAUAUGAAUCUGCUCAGAAUAACAUAGCUUUCUUAUUGGAAAAAGGAUUCAAGUUGGGUGAUUCAACUUUCAAAUUCAAUUUGGGUUUAGAACAUGAUCAUGAAGAGGGAGGCGGAAGGGAGAAGAUAAGUGAAGAGAAUAAGGAAAAGGCAUUGACUUGGUGGAUCAGAAGUGCGAAUCAAGAUAAUGUGGAUGCUAUGGUCAGAGUGGGCGAUUAUUACUACCAAUCGCCCGAAUCGUAUGAUCGGGCGGUAGUGUACUAUCAAACUGCCGCUGAUACCCAAACUUCUUCAAUGGCCUAUUGGAACUUGGGAUGGAUGUAUGAGAAUGGACAUGGUGUGCCUAGAGAUUGGCAUUUGGCUAAAAGGUUUUACGAUUUGGCUGGUGAAACUUCCUCUGAAGCUUAUUUACCUGUUAUGUUGAGUUUGAUCAAAUUAUAUGCGAAAUCGUGGUGGAUCGAUAUUCAAACUCGAGGUGCUAUACCGGGUUUAUCAAUAUUCGAACCAGAUUCCAACACACCUCAGAUCCAAAUAUCAACUUGGACCCGAAUCAAAAGCUUGUUCACUGAUAUACCUCCAGUCGUUCCUCAAAGACCGGGAUUCGAUGAAGAAGGAUUCGAACUUGUUGCAGACGAUACUGAAAGGCAAGAUAAUUUGGAAGAAGAGGGAUAUGAUGAUUAUUCAGGAAGUGGAUCAGGGUGGACGAAUAGACCUGAUGAUGUGGAUGGUGAUGAUUUGGUGGAAGAUUUAGUAGAGGAUUUGAUACUUGUUGCUGUGCUUUGUGGGACGGUGGGAUUGAUUUGGUUAAGAGGAAGAUGGGCACAACAGGAGAGAGAGAGGGAGGAAAGGAGGAGAAGAGAAGGUGGGGCGAGGUGA